AUGCCCUCAGGGCCCAGAUCUGGCACUCACGAACCUUCCAGAGAUUCCUUUUCGAUGCUUCUGAAGUCGUUUAAGAAAGUAAGGGAGAUUCUUGAUGACUUUGACCACUUGAAAGAAGGGCUUUUGUUUUCUUCCUUCACUCCCUUAGAUUUGGAGCAAUUCUUUACUGGAAUUAGAACACCCGCUCGCCCAACCCCCGACAUGAACGACUACGCAUCGCGGAGGCCCAGCUGCAUUUUAGAAUCUAAAGAGAGGCUAUACCAAUCCUCGCUAACCUUUUAUACCGGUCCUCAAAGCCAUCACACACAUAGAAAGCUGGGUCUAAAGGCACCGGAAUGGCUUCGAAAGUCCCACGGCAAGAGUAACGAGGAUGUGGACGAAGAAACAAGCGCGGAGGAAAAAGAGAGACAAAAGAAGGCAUUGCAGGGCUUUGCGAAAGAAUUCGGACGGGGUAUACGACAGCAAAGAACAAGAGGGAAGACCAAAGAAAGACCUGGUACACUUCCACCUGCUCUGAGUGUGUUCAGAAGGAAUGCGUCGGCACAUGGAGAAGUCGACCAGCUGAAAGAGGUUCAAGGGAGUGAAGGACAAACUACAGUUCAUGACGCCGUCGAGGAAUAUGAGAUUAUCUUUUCAAAAGGCGAUGUAGUUACUCUCAAGCACAACUACAAGAGGUAUAUCAUUCCUUUCUUCCUUGCAGUUCUUUCAGAAGACCUCCACCAUAACGGUGACGCAUUCCUGGAAGAUCGAAUGAGUUUGAGAUGGCUGGAAUAG